AUGGCACCUUCAAAUCCUCUCGCCAACUGGGAGAAAGUUGGCGACAGCUUUUAUCGCAAAAUCCCCAUAUAUGACGCCAUCUUUGAUGAGGAAGUUGAACUAGAGAACUACAUCGUCGCGGGCGCGCCGUACGGUGGAGCUAUCGCGCUUUAUCGCGAUGAGAGCAAGCCGAUCAGGUUGCGGGAUUCACAGGCUUCCCGAUCGUGCAUCGAUGUUUACUCCUGCUCGGGAAAACAAAUUAACAGAAUCAAUUGGGAACAAGCCACUAUCCGUGGAAUCGGCUGGUCCGACAAAGAAGAGCUCUUGGUCGUUGCUGAGGAUGGCACAGUCCGCCGUUAUUUCGGCUUGGACGGUGAUUUCACAUCCUUUUCCCUUGGAAACGGUGCCGAAGAAUAUGGCGUGAGGGACUGCCAAUUCUGGUCAUCCGGCCUGGUGGCAUUGCUGUCCAACAACCAGCUGAUUGCGGUUUCAAAAUAUGAUGAGCCACGACCAAAGCUUUUGGCGCCUUGUCCUGAAGGCGAAGUCUCUUCAUGGGCGUUGAUCCCACCCGCGCACACCCUUUCGCGCUCCGUGGAGGUCUUACUCGCGGUUGAUAAGACAGUCUAUCUAGUGGACUCUACAGAGGCUGAGGACAAAAUCCUGCAAGAUGGUCCAUUUAAGCAUGUCAGUGUGUCCCCAACCGGACGUUCUGUCGCGCUUUUCACUGGCGAGGGCAAGUUGUGGGUUGUCAGCAAUGACUUCCAGAACAAGCUUAGCGAGUAUGAUUCGAAGUCUCGAGUGCCCCCUAGCACCAUAAAAUGGUGUGGAGAUGAUGCGGUCAUUCUCGCCUGGGAAGAUGAGAUUCAUCUUGUCGGGCCUAGUGGUGCUGCAUCCAAAUACUACUAUGACGGCCGCGUGCAUGUCAUAUCUGAGUUUGACGGAGUUCGUCUGCUCACCAAUGAUACUUGUGAAUUUUUGCACAAAGUCCACGGCGUCACAGAAGAGAUUUUUCGGCUCGGCUCUAGCUCACCUGCUUCGGUACUACUUGACUCCGUGGAUCAGUUAGAAAAAAAGUCUCCUAAAGCAGAUGAGAACAUUCAACGAAUUCGCUCAAGCCUUCCUGCAGCGGUUGAUUCAUGUAUUAAGGCUGCUGGUCAUGAGUUCGAUGCCUAUUGGCAGAAACGAUUGUUGAAGGCAGCAUCAUUUGGGAAAUCCGUACUCGAGCUUUACAACAGCGACGAAUUUGUUGAGAUGACAGAAAAGCUGAGAGUCUUGACAGCUGUGAGAGAUUAUCAAAUCGGCUUGCCACUGUCAUAUGAACAAUAUCUGCGUCUCACUCCUGAGGGGCUCAUUGAACGUCUGAUUAGCCGUCACGAAUAUCUCCUUGCGAUCAGGGUUUCUGAAUAUCUUCAGAUACCUGCAGACCGUAUCUAUGUCCAUUGGGCAAGUCAAAAGGUCCGGGUUUCUACAGUAGACGAUGAAGCCGUAUGCAAGCUCAUUGUCCAAAGACUGGAAGGCAAGCCAGGUAUCUCCUUCGAAGUCAUUGCACAAACAGCCUAUGAUGAGGGUCGAUCACACCUUGCUACCCAGCUCUUAAACCACGAACCACGAGCUGGCAAACAAGUCCCCUUGCUACUCAAAAUGGAGGAAGAUGAACUUGCUCUAGACAAGGCAAUUGAAAGCGGAGAUGAUGAUCUGGUAAAUUAUGUCCUUCUGCAUCUGAAGAGUACGAUCCCUCUGGCGAGCUUCUUCCGGAUGAUUAACACUCGUCCUAUGGCAUCUGCACUUGUUGAAACGGCUGCCCGGGACGAAGACACCGAGCUCUUGAAGGAUCUAUAUUAUCAAGACGAUCGACCCAUUGAUGGAUCCAAUGCGCUCUUGUCAGAAGCUUUACGUGAAUCAGAUCCCCAACGCCAGACGGAGAAACUCGCGCUUGCAUCGCGCCUACUAUCCGACUCAAAAGAUCCCACGGUGGUCUUACAACAAAAAUUGAUAUCCGAAGCAUCUCAGCUCCUCAAGGCACAGGAAUCAUUGGAUAAAGACCUUGCAGAUCACUCUGAGUUCACGGGUCUCAGUUUGAAUGAAACGGUCUACCGACUAUUCCGGGCUGGCUACGGAAAACGGGCCCACAAAAUGCAGAGCGAAUUUAAGAUGCCAGAGAAGACAUACUGGUGGUUGCGCCUUCGAGCCCUGGUGGCAAAACGCGACUGGGGUGAGCUGGAGGAGAUUGGCAGGAACAAAAAGUCCCCUAUUGGGUGGGAGCCUUUCUAUAACGAGGUUCUUGGCGCUGGAAAUACAAAGCUUGCGUCGUUAUUCGUCCCUAAAUGCACAACCCUACCAGUCGCCGACCGGAUUGAAAUGUGGAUCAAGUGUGGAAUGAUCGUCAAGGCGGGAGAAGAGGCACAAAAGGCCAAAGACGUGAACACACUCGAACUCCUUCGCACUAAGGCGUCCGGUCCUGCCAUUGCGGAAAUCGAGCGCAUGAUCAACCAACUCAGACCGAGGAAAUAA